AGAAACGAAAAAGAUGUCAAAAGAGCGCGCUUCGCAGUAGGCACAGUGAAUAGGUACGUGAUUGUGCGUGCUGAGACGGAGAGAGAGAGACAAACAGCGACUCAAAUGGAAAAGACCACAAAAACGACGCCGUCCUACUCAUUGCAAGACCCCCAAGCAACAGACCUCGCCGCCGGUCGGAAACUGAGGCAAACGCCGCGUCGACCAUGGGCCACUCCCUAUGCCCGCCCUCAACAGAACCAAUCCCUACGCGGCCGCUUUCUCUCCAAACUCGUCGAUCCGGCUUGCCGUCUCAUCGCCGGCGGUGCCACUAGAGUCUUCCCCUCUCUCUUCUCCAAUCCUCUCACCAACGUUACCCUCCCGCCUCCAGAACCUCAAACUCACGGUAACUUGGAUGAAGAUGUAGAAGAACAUUCUAAUGGCGAAGAUCAAACUUCUUCAAUUUUUGGAGUUUCCCAAACAACUGGUACUAGCACAACAACUGAUGGAUCAAAGGCUGGUUCUGACUUUGCUGAAAACAGAGAAGGCAGUAAGGGUGAUGUUAGUGAUGACAGGCUUUCAGAAAUUGAGAAGCUAGUGGAGGGGAAAACAUUUUCGAGGGACGAAAUCAAUCAUCUUAUAGGGAUUAUAAAUUCAAGGGCUGCUGAUGUUCCUAAAGUUGAUCAAGAAAGUGGGGAUUUAAUCCUGUCUGCUGGAGGUGUCAGGGGACCGAUGGUUGCUCACAACCUGAGAAGGCCAACUGAAGAAAAACAGGAUGAUUUAAAUAAAGCUGUAUGGGAUAUGGCAACCCCACUUCCUAAGCCAACUGUCCUAAAUGAAACUGGAUCUUCACCAAUUGAAAUUGCAAAAGCAUACAUGGCAAGCCGGAUACCAGAAGGAAACCUAGGUUCUAAGAUUAUUACAUCAAAAGAUGAAAGACCAACAAUGCUUAGUGAUGAUUUUGCAUCAGAACCAUUUGUUCCUUUGCUUUUGCCAAAGCCCUCCUCAUACUGGCCAGGUUCCAUGGUACAGGAUCAGCAUCGUUAUCUAACUCCACAAAGUCAAAGAGGCAGAUUUGGGCUUCAUAAUAUUCCAAGAACCCCUUACUCCAGAACUAUUUUUUCGCAAUCUAAAUUGAAGUUGGCUCAUGUACGAGACGAGGGUAAUGGUUUCCUGAAUAGUUCAUUCUCUCCCUUGCAGCAAUCACAAACUCCUAUACAUGGGAAGUUGAGGAGCAAUAUAGUGGAUGACGCCCAUGGAUCUGUAGGACCCAUUCGCAGGAUUCGACAUAAGGUCACUGCAGAAACUCCAUCCAGAGGAUCUGUUUAUUCUCAUUCAUCGUUAAAUGAUCCUUUUCUGGUGGGAAAUUCCAAUGUUUCCGAUGGUCUAUUUUGUUCUAUCAAGAAGAAUUUGGAGCAAAGAGGCACUAGUAGCUCUUCAGUUUUUCAGUCAGUAGAUGGUAACAGAAUUUCUGAUAUUGGUAUCCCACCUGUACAUCCACAUUCCAGUCAGACGGCUAGGACAAUAUUGGAGCACCUUGAGCGAAAUCUAGCCACUCCUAAGGAGAAGUCCAAUGAACUAAAGAUAGCCACUUCAAGGAAAAGAUCUCAAUCUUCAGAUGCUAAUGUUGCCACUUCAAAGGGUCACAACAGUUUGCCAUAUUUAGGACUUGAUUCUUCUAAAAGCAGGGAUCAAAUUAACAAUAGAAGUCCCACUCAGUGGAAUGAAGAUAGAGGGAACUCAUUUUCAGUGGCAUCUCCAGAGAGUACCAUAGAGGCUCAGGAUGUGAAAAGAACAAGUGCUUCUGAUUUAAAAGUUGAUAGCACUAUUACAAUGUUUGGCAAUAAUGCAGGGUCUUCAGUAGAUUUUGGAAAAAAUCAGGAUUCUCAAAGCAAGAAUGCACACAAGGAUCUCUCAAAGGUCACUGAUGCUGCUACGUCUGAGUGUCUACAAAAGCCUUGCUCCAACUCUUUGGGAAAUAAACCAGUUUUGGCUUCUAUUUCUGUCAAAAAGCCUGAGCAAAGGUGGAUGUUUACUUCGGAUAAUAGCAGUGGUUUCACUUUCCCUGUUCCUGCAUCUUCUGGUGUGUCUUCUGAGCCUCCAACACCAUCCAUCAUGCCAUCGCUAUCAGGUAGCAGUCUGCAUCAGCCCAAAGAGGAACAUACAGGACCUUCAUAUAGCUUUGGCUCAAAUAGAUCGUCCACUACCCUUGUUUUUUCUUUCCCUUCGACAAGCAGUGCAUCUAAACAUGUUGAUGCUUCAGAUAUUACCUUCAACUUCGGAUCUGAUAGGUCAUCAAGAAUAUCUUUCAGUUCAAUAGGAAAAAAAUACCAUAUGCUACAGACACAGGAAUGAUGUUUUUAUUUCCCUUUUCUUUUUCAAUUUUCCCCCUUCAGAUUUUAGUGAGUCGGAGUCCAAAUUUCAUCGGUGAGAAUCUCAAUUAGUUAUGCAUCUUUGCGGUAUUGUAGGAGAAAGAAUUGUCUAAAGCUGAAACCUAGAUUCACUUAAUUGUAGCAUUAGCCCUCCUUGUUUCUUAGUUACGGCAAAGAGCAAACUGUAUUGUCAUUGGUUUCUUCGUGACUGUCUUCAAACUAUCAGGUUGAUGAUCAUUUUAAGGGAAUUGGAAAGAAACUUACUGGAAUGAUCACAAAACCAUCCUGUUAAAGCCCAAAGCUUUGCAACAAAAUAUAUAAUUGGUCCUUUGCGA